UAGGUACAGACCGUGACAGUAUCUUCAGACUUCAACUUCUUAGCUAUGUCGGCCGAUGAUUCUUCAAAUGUUACAGAUAUCGACGGGAAGCUAGAGUUCAAUUCAAACCUUAACUCUGACGGUGACGAUGCAGCCAAUAAUGAUUCCUCAAAGGCAUUGACUAUUCCUGCUCCCGCCGUUUGUCUUGUUCGGUUUGCUGGAGAUGCAGCUGGUGGUGCCGUCAUGGGCUCUAUCUUUGGAUAUGGUUCAGGAUUGUUCAAGAAGAAAGGCUUUAAAGGAUCAUUUGCAGAUGCAGGGCAGUCUGCAAAGACUUUUGCUGUUUUGUCCGGAGUACACAGUUUGGUUGUUUGCCUUCUGAAACAACUCAGAGGGAAAGAUGAUGCCAUUAAUGUUGGAGUUGCUGGGUGCUGCACCGGUCUUGCUCUUAGUUUCCCUGGUGCUCCACAAGCUCUUCUACAGAGUUGCCUCACUUUCGGGGCUUUCUCUUUUAUCCUUGAGGGACUAAACAAAAGACAAACAGCUUUGGCUCACUCUGUCUCCUUGAGACACCAAACCGGAGACAUCAGAGAUCAUCAACGUCCUUUACCACUCUCCCUGGCUCUGCCGAUCCAUGAAGAAAUCAGAGGAGCCUUCUCUUCUUUCUGCAAGUCCUUAGCUAAACCCAAGAAGAUCUAGUUUCCCCAUGAUUCUCCUUUUCUAGCACCUUAGGUUCUCUCUGUAGAUUGUUUGUUAAUCAUUCCCUGCUUUUGUUCAACUUUGUGAGAGAACGUUUUAUGAAUUGAAAAGGUUAAUUGAUGUACUCUGUGUAUCGUUUGCUCCAUAAAUACGAUCUUUUUGUUUUGUUCCAA